ACGGUUACAUGAUCCCACGUCCUCGCGCGGCGUGGUCGCACUGCUACGGCACCGCCCAACGCCAUCCUUGCCUCCUCCUUCCUCGCCCCGUCCUCUCCUGGUGGUAGGCCGACCUCCCCCCCUCAUGGCCGUGCACGCCCAGUACGCCGCCCACGCCUUCCCCCAUGACCCCCCCGCCAUAACCACAAGGUUCGUGUUCGUCUCCCGAUCACUCUUUAUCUCUCCCUCCCUCUCUCUCGCCGGCCUCCUACAUAUUCGCCCGCGGCGAAGACCACCACACCACGGCAUCUCGAUUGCUCACCCGUGCGGGCGUGUCGUGCUCCGCAGGCCAACGCUGGACGACGCGAUGAUGAGCGCCUCGGCGUUCCUCGGCCAGCACGGCGGCGGCGGCGGCCACCCGCUCGCCGCCGCGCUGGGCGGCAACACGGCGUUCAGCGGCCUCACCUCCUGCAUCGACAACAACGGCGACGCCGGCCGCCCCGGGCCGUCGAGGAAGCGCGCGCGGGCCGGCGACGUGGCCGGCGCGGGGCCGAUCGCGGACCUGCACGGCCAUCGCGCUCUGCUCCCGCCGGUGCCGCAGGCGUUCGCGCCCGCAGGCGACGUGCGGAGCAGCAGGUUGCUCUGCUCUGGCGCCGCGUCCACCAGCGGCCGCCCGGCGAGCCUCCCGCCGGCGUCUCAGAGCCUCCUCUCCCACCUCUACCGCCACGGCGUCGAGACGGACGCGCUCAUCCGCAUCGAGAACGAGAGGCUGCGGGCGGGGCUGCAGGAGGCGCGCCGGCGGCACGUCCGGGCGGUGGUGUCGGCGGUGGGGCGCGCGGCCGAGCGGCGCCUGCGCGCGGCCGAGGCCGAGCUGGAGCGCGCCGUGCUGCGCAACGCGGAGCUCGACGAGAGGCUCCGGCAGACGGUCGCCGAGGGCCGCGCGUGGCAGGAGGUUGCCAGGGGCCACGAGGCCGUCGCGGCGGGCCUCCGCGCCACGCUCGACGGCCACCUCGCGCGGUCGCCGCCGCCGCCUCGCGCCGAGGGCGAGGGCGGCGCCGAGGACGCGGAGUCGUGCUGCUUCGAGCAGGAGGAGCAGAGGGGGGAGGAGGGCGCGGCGGAGGCGUCCGGCGGCUGGGCGAGGGCGGCGUGCAGGUCGUGCGGCGCGGCGGCCGCGUGCGUGCUGCUGCUGCCGUGCCGGCACCUGUGCCUCUGCCGCGGGUGCGAGGCCGGCGCCGAGGCGUGCCCCGUGUGCGCGGCCGCAAAGAACGCCUCGCUCCACGUCCUCCUGCCAUGACCAGACGUCUGCGUGUCGACCGAUGGCUCUGCAUCCAUCUCCCCAACCAAGACGGUGUCAGGGGAGGAAAAAAAAAGAGCUGCUUUUCAUCGGCGCAUCCGUUCGAGUCGUCAGGGGAAGAGAUUUGCAUUGCGCGAGGAAGCUGACCACGCAACCUGGAUGAAGGCCAUGGAUGACGAAGACAUGUAGAACUCAAGAUUGGAUUCUGGCUUUGCUGGUCACCGCCUCGAUCGAGCGGACGUCAACACUGGUGGUGGUACGGGAAACGACGCAGGAAAGGCGAUCACCGAGUGGUUGAAGCAAACGCUCGUAAAAAGACGAGAGCUUGAGUACGUGAACACUAUGAGCCAAACGGCUACAUACAUGGAAGAUGACAAGUACUAGAAGUUUUCUAGGAAAAUUAGUAGGAGUACAGUGCUGCCAAGCCUCAAACUUGUAGAGAUACUGCGGCAGCACUAUCUUCUUAUUCUUCUCCGUGGCAAGGCAAGAUGAGACUGUAAAUAGUUUUCGAAUUCCAAAGUCUCUGCAGAGUUUCAGAGUUAAGACAUGCACUAGGAAGUAAACUAGACAAGCUUAGUA